AUGUUGCGCUGGUACCAAAGCAAGCUGGCCAAGAGGCCCAUUCUUACUGCCAGCAUUACGAGCGCUGUGUUGUUCGGUAGCGGUGAUGUCCUAGCCCAGCAAGCCGUGGACCGGAGAGGUCUCGAGAAACACGACUUUCAUCGCACCGGGCGCAUGGCGCUCUACGGCGGAGCUGUAUUCGGCCCCGUCGCCACUGCUUGGUUCCGUAUCCUCCAGCGCCAUGUCGUUCUCAAAGGCACUGCAACCACCACCGUUGCCCGUGUCGCAGCCGAUCAAAUGUUCUUUGCGCCUAUCCAGCUAACCUGCUUCCUAUCCUCGAUGGCCAUAAUGGAGGGUGUGGAUCCACUUGAGAAGUGGAAGAGCGCCUUUGCACCUGCUUACAAGGCCAACCUGAUGGUUUGGCCGUUCGUCCAGGGUGCCAACUUUGCCUUUGUGCCCCUGGACCUGCGUGUAUUGGUGGUCAACAUUGUCAGCUUGGGGUGGAACUGCUUCCUGAGCUUGAUGAACAGCGGCGAGGAAUAA